UUUUUAGAUGUUUAUGGUUUGAAAUAAAAUGAACUGCAUAAAGUAGUAAUUUGUCUAGUUCUCAAAUAAUUUAUAGUAAUUUUAAUGAAUUGAUAGUGGACGCUUAAAAUAUAAGCGUUAUUGUUUAGAAAAUGUGGCCGACAUUGUUAGACAUGACAGAGGACGAAUCUGUAGAAAGUUUAAGGCAUCUAGAGUUAGAAGCUUAUUCAUCAUUAGUAUCUGCUUUAAGAGCUCAAGGAACUCUAAAUCAAGAAAAAAGGAAUUUACUGAAGGAAACAAGUAUUCUAUUAAACAUUUCAAAUGAAAGACAUAAAGCUGAAGUGCGUAGGGCUAUUAGUGAUGAAAGAUUAAACACUAUCGCAUAUCAUGUUACUGGGCAAUUGAGUUCUUUGGAAGAUUGGGCAUUAGAAGGUCGAAGACUUGUACCAUUAUUGCCGAGGGUACCCCCUCAAACACCUUACUCAAUAAUAGCUGAUGAGGCUUCCGAUACAGCUGUACAGUACAACAGCCAACUUCCAUUGCCAGCUAAUACAGAACGUAAAAGACCAGCUACAUCACCCGUUCCCUCAGUUUCAACCAAUGAUGUAGCUGGAAAAACACAGACAUUUAGAGUUCCAGAAGUUCCUAAAGAAGAUUUUAAGAAACGUAAAAGUUAUGCUGGUGAAAACAGUAGUCUUGCUCAGCAUUUACUGGGUAAUAAAAUAAGUAGAAUACAACAAAUUUAUCGUCAAGCUUCAAAGAUCUCAAAGCAUAAACACAAAGAUUUGGAUGAAACAGAGAGUAAAGAUUUGAUAAAAUCUAGUUUAAAUCCUAAUUCUGUGCAUAAUAGAGUUCAAACUGUGACAGCUCCAACUACUGUAAAUUCUCAGAAAAUUAAUAUUAUACAAAAUGUUUCUAUACCGCCGAUGGUGUCUGAGAAAUCUACAGAGACGAAUAUUACUAAGGAAGUAGUUAGUGAAAAUCAUUUACCCAAUCCGAAAAGUGUUAAUAAUGUGACGUUUCUAAAACAGUCUUCUAGUGAUGACACUUCCGAUCCUGUACCUAAAAUGAACACUAACAAAACUAUAAACAAAGGCAAAAAGUUGAUAGUUGUUUCAAACGCUUCAACUAUAACUACAAAUAGUAUAUUACAAAAGACUUUGUCAGUUCCAAUGAACAAAUUAACUAAAUUAAAUUUAGAUAAAUUUAAAUAGUAGGU